GAAGAAUAUAAGAAGAAAAAUCCAGAGGUCCCAGUCAAUUUUGCUGAGUUUUCCAAGAAGUGAUCUGAGAGGUGGAAGACAAUGUUUAGCAAAGAGAAAUCGAAGUUUGAUGAAAUGGCAAAGGUGGACAAAGUACGCUAUGUUGGGGAAAUGAAGGAUUAUGGACCAGCUAAAGGAGGUAAGAAGAAGAAGGACUUUAAUGUCCCCAAAAGACCUCCAUCUGGAUUUUUCUUAUUCAGCUCUGAAUUCCGCCCCAAGAUCAAAUCUGCAAAUCCUGGCAUCUCCAUUGGAGAUGUGGCAAAAAAGCUGAGUGAGAUGUGGAAUAACUUAAGUGACAGUGAAAGGCAGCCUUAUAUUACCAAGACAGCAAAGCUGAAGAAAUAUGAGAAGGACGUUGCUGACUAUAAGUUUAAAGGAAAGUUUGGUGGUGCCACAGGUCCUGCUAGAGUUGCCUGGAAAAAGGUGGAAGAAGAGGAGGAGGAAGAGGAAGAUGAACACAAACGUUGUCUCCUUGUGAAUACUUUGGAGUAG